UCUCAGCAGUUUCAUCCAUUGUAUAAUUCAGGGGUCCAUGGCGUGAGCUCUUCAAGAGAUUGCCCCAUUUUUUUAACCAACCACAUAUGUCAGUUUUAUUUAAUUUUUUACUUACGAUUUGCCGGUACAAUGUAAUCUCAGACCACAUAAAGAGCAAGUCUAUGAUGAAAGCACUUUCAACACCUCAUCCAUUGAAUCCGCUUUAUAAUUCAGCUAAUCUAAUGGACAAGGGCGCUAGCUCACUGGGAGGUUGUCCUCACCUUUCCUAAUUAUAUAAGUUAGUUAAUCAAAGUUGUGGGUGUUGUCUCACCCUUCUCUCACAUACAGAGUCCUCCUCCCAAUUUCUUCAAGCAACAGUCAAACAUGGAUGAAGAAGACUCCAAAACUCUUCUUGAAUCUCCUCUGAUUCCUGAAAAGGGUCAUGACCUUGGUGGUGAACUAACCAAGAAACGUAGUGAGAUACCAGAGACUAUUGCAGAGCUCAAACUGCAACUGAAGUUGGCAGGCCCUCUGGUUGUGGUUAAUUUCUUGCAGUACAGUCUACAGAUGAUAUCGGUCAUGUUCGUAGGCCAUCUCGGAGAACUUUCUCUUUCAAGUGCCUCUCUGGCUACUUCAUUUGCAGGAGUGACAGGUUUUAGCUUUAUGAUGGGAAUGGGAAGCGCACUAGAAACAUUCUGUGGACAAGCCUACGGAGCAAAGCAGUGUCGUAUGCUUGGCAUUCACAUGCAGAGAGCUAUGCUUGUGGUUGUGCUACUGAGCAUUCCUAUAUCAGUCCUCUGGGCCUACUCGGGGUACAUUUUCACUAGAUGUGGACAAGACUUGGAGAUUUCAGAACACGCGGGGAUAUACGCUCGUUGGUUGAUCCCUAGCAUUUUCCCUUAUGGCAUCCUCCAGUGCCAACUCAGGUUCUUGCAGACUCAAAAUAGUGUAAAGCCAUUGAUGUUGAUCACCGCCUUCACAAGUUUAGUUCAUGUCUUUGUGUGUUGGACUUUGGUUUUUCGGGUUGGAUUUGGUAACAAAGGUGCUGCUCUGUCCAACACCAUCUCUUAUUGGAUCAAUGUACUGAUUUUGGCCAUUUAUAUCAAGUUUUCGCCUUCAUGUCAAAGGACUUGGACAGGAUUUUCUAAAGAGGGUAUGAAAAAUAUUGUCGGAUUUCUUUCAUUAGCUAUUCCUUCUGCUAUUAUGUUCUGCUUGGAAUACUGGUCAUUUGAACCUUUAGUUCUCAUGUCUGGUCUUCUUCCCAAUCCAAAGCUAGAGACCUCAAUGAUGUCAAUCAGCUUUAACACAAGUGCAGUGGUCUUCAGAAUCUCAUGUGGUUUUGGCAGUGCAGUUAGCACGAGAGUUUCAAACGAAUUAGGAGCAGGGAAACCACAUGCUGCACGACUUGCAGCCCGGGUUGUGUUAUUCCUGGCUGUUGCAGCAAGCUUCCUAGUUGGCUUGGUUUCAGUUGCAGUACGAGACGUUUGGGGCUAUCUGUACACCAAUGAAGAGGAAGUUGUCAAAUACUUGGCUUCUGUCAUGCCAGUGCUUGCCACUUCCAACUUCAUGGAUGGAAUUCAGGCUGCACUCUCCGGCAUAGCAAGAGGAUGUGGUAGGCAGAAGAUUGGUGCAAUUGUGAAUCUAGGAGCAUAUUACUUUGUGGGCAUCCCUUGUGCAAUUAUCUUAACUUUUGUUUUCGACUUUGGAGGGAAGGGUCUUUGGAUGGGAAUCAUUAGUGGGAUUAGUGUGCAAGCAUUGCUGCUUUUAUCUAUCACCAUGCGCACAGAUUGGGAGCAACAAGCAAGGAAGGCUAGGGACAGAGUGAAUUCUUCCAGCAUCCCCAUUGAUAUGGCAUGAUCAUGAAGAUGUUUAAGCAGCAUCCCUUCCACUCUAAGACAUAUAUGGAAGUUUGAUGAUACAAAUUAUCAAAAUGUACACUAUAUUCCAUAAGACCAGUGAUUAUAUUAAACUUUGUGCUAAGUAGGAAGCAUAAGCUUUAAGCACAAGAGCUAUCAGAGAAGUUACAAUACUCCAGCGGUAUUUUGACAUGUGAUACCUCUCAGGGACGGAGGCAGAAAUUGUGUCAAGGGUGUACAAUGCAAUAAAAAAAAUUUUGAGAGAACAAUUUUAAAAUUUUAAAGAAUUAUACAUACAAAAAUACAAAAUUUUAAAAGUUGAGGUGGGCCAAUUUAGAAAAGCGUUCAUUAUGAGGUUAAAAUAGUAGUAUGAAAUUUUAAGUAAUUGAGACUUUCCUCUCUAUGAACACUUCUCUAACUUGUCACGAGUCCAAAGCCAUCUUAAUGAACGAUUUUAACCUAAUUUUUACACUUAAAUUUUUGAAAGUGUAAAAAUUUUCUUAAUCUAUAAUUAAUACUCCGUAUUUAAAUUUUUACAUUUCAAAAUUCAGCCCUUAAAAAAUUAGUACUUCAUUUUCAAUUUUAUCAAAUAACAAUUGUUUAAUAAUAGUAUGAGUUGUCAUGGCUUUGGACUCGUGACACUUUUUUCCGUCACAUCGUACACAGUACCAAAUCAGGGACAUGAAUUUAGAAAUAAAAAAAAUUAGUUAAAAUUUUAAAUUAAAAUUCCUCUAAUUUGAUAUUCCAAAUGUAACAUUACUGCUUUUGUAAAUCACAACAAUUUGUCUGAAUAUAUAUAUACACACACACAAUUGGUGUCUA